AUGGAUGGUACUAUUCUUAGAGACAAACGGGGAUGUCAUUCUAAAAGUAAUAAACUUUCAUCAGAAACCAUUUCCUUAAUGAAGCACCAAAUUGAGACUAUACAGAAGAAAUCUGGGCGUAAAGAACAUUACAAUUUACAUGAGAGCAAGAGGAUAUAUCUCUUUGAUGAACUGAAUGUAAAUAAACUCUGGGAUCACUACAUUGAAAAAAAUCCAGACAACAAAGUAUCAUAUGAAGCAUAUAGGAAACACUUUAAUGAAAAUUUCAACAUUUCUUUUGGCUAUCCGAGGAUGGACACUUGCUCCUCUUGUUAUCAAUUUUUGGCAGAAAUUAAAUGUAUAAAUUCUCAACUAAGGACAUGUACAGAUGAGACUGUGAAAGAAGAAUUGAAUCAAAUAUUAAAAAAUUGGUAG